AUGAGUUUCCAGCGUAAGAUAACGAUUAGCGCAGGUGAGGAGUGUACAAUAAGUGGCAGCGGUGCAGUGGAGUUGUUACUGCAGUCUGGUGUGGUUGAGAUUGCUGGUAUUCUUCUUAAAGCUAGAGAACCGUGUGUAUUCUACCUCGAGACAGACCAGCGCUGUGUUGUUCUCUACACACUAGAAGGAGGAUCUGUAUUGGCAACCUCUAACACUCCCUUUGAGACGGUGAAAGUGGCAACUGGUAUGACUGCUGUUGUGCAGUUGUGCCAGCGUACAUUGACAGCAGAACGCCGUACAAAGGUUCUCGUUAUUGGUAGAACACACAGUGGAAAAACGUUAACGGCUCAUACUAUAUGUAAUCUACUGCGUGAAGAUGCUGCUACUGCUGCUGCAGAAACAGGAGAUCACGCUGCUGCUGUAUAUUUAAUGGAUCUUAAUGCAGAGUCUAACUGUAUUUAUUCACCAGGCUGUAUUUCAACUGUAGAGGUAGAGCACACACUAUGGCCAGGCACAACAUGUGCGCCAACGUUGUUGCCAUUUUCUCUUUUUGUUGGUGAGGCAACUCUCCCUUCUGCAGCGACGAUAGUCUCAUUUCUACACUUUGUGGAACAAUUAAAUGAUUGUACAGAAGCUUUAUUAAAAGAAGCAGGACAUGAACGUGUACAUCUCGUGAUUGAUGCCCCAGCCCCUGCUCCAGGUGUUAAAGAGGGAGUAUAUUUUCGCAGAUUGAUUGAAUUGCUGCGACCUACUCAUGUUGUAACGGUUGUUGCCCAAGAUGGAUCAGAGACGUGGUCUACAUUUCUUCAAGAAGACGUACAACGAGUUCUUCCGGAUUGUGAGUUUUUCUGCGUCUCCCCUGUUGAGCGGAAGUGCAGCAUCUCCAUGCGUGAACACAGUAUUCGUGAAUAUUUUGUUGGCACACCGCAAUUUCCAUUAGGGUGUGCAAAGAUGGUACUCCCACUCGCCCAACUGCAGUUUGUGCAGUAUGAGAUGCAGGGAGAUGCGGUGGUGUGUCGUAAGAUUGCAGCAACCUCAAGUCUCUCCGAUUGUCUCUGUGCUAUUUCACAUGCAGAGAUUUUAGAGGAGGUGCCAUUGGCUCCACUAGCGGGUCUCAUGCUUGUAGUGGCAGUAGACGAGGAACAUGAAGAACUUGUGGCUAUUCUCCCAUCAUGUGAAGAUAUGCCAAGACGUUUUCUCAUUGUACCGAAUGGGACGAUAAAGACCAAAAGUAAUGAUGAGAUGUCCGGGACAACAGGAGAAUCCAUAGCACCAGUGUUAACAGCACCUUCUUUAAGUGUGACCGCCAUCAUGGCACAGAUUGAAGAGGGAGUAGCUGUAUAA